AUGAUAUCUGCUGCAGAAGGAGGCGCUGAUGAUUUAACCACUCGAAUGGCAGCAGUUUCAGUUACUGAAGGCUUUGAACCACUCCCAGAACCACAUUUGUCUCUUCAUGAUUUACCCAGAGCUUGGCUUGAUAUCACUUUUGAAUCAAAAUAUCAAAGCAAACCAAUUCGUAACAUUGGAUCAUUUCUUGCUUGUAUGAUGGGCAUGAAAAUGAAGGAUGAACCACAGUGCAAUUAUAAGGCAGAAGAUAUGCGAUCAUUUGGGUUUGAAGCAUGGUUGACUAGUACAGCAAUGAAUAUGUAUGUUAAAAGAGUAUUGAAACCACAAUGCCAUGCUCGAAAAUUGAUCAUAAAUUCAGAUUGUGUACUUCACAUGAUUAAUGAGAUGGUGCCGAAUCAAGAAGACGGGCUCAGUGAAUUUGACAUUUUACUAGAACGACAAAUCCCUGCUCUAGAAUUGCUUUUCAUACUUGCAAAUGAAGCAUUUUUCUACAAAAUGGAUCACGAAGGUAAAAGGGUUCCAUUGGAAAGUAAAGAGGAGUUCAGGGGGUAUAUAGACGGUAUGGAUGAUAUAUUUUUCAUGAUGCCACUUACAAAAGAAGGAUAUCACUGGUAUAUGACACACUUCAAUAGGGAAAGAAAAUCUAUCACGUUAUAUGAUGGAGCCAAAUUACAAUCCCAUUAUUUGGAGAAGUUAGCAUGUCCAUAUGUCAAGUUGCGUACACUCUCAUAUAUUGUAGGGAAUGAGAACAUCGUACAUAUCAAUAAUACAAUUGAUAGGGGAUUUAAGAAUGAGAAUACAAGUGAAUGUGGUGUACUGGUUUUAUCAUUUAUUAGGGACAUGAUGUUAGGAAGAUGUGCUAAGAAGCACAAUAUGAUGAAUAUGAGGACAAUUCUAUUACACGAACUUAUAUCAGGAGAAAUGAUAUAUCGAGAUUACAACCUACCACUUAUCGAACACCAAGAACGGUGA